AUGGCCUCUGUGUCGAAGCUUCUGCUUCUGCUCUUGUGCAGCUACUGCCAUUCUCUCGUUACUCACGCAGAAGACGAUCCCAAUUACAAGGUUUUUUCCAUUGGCUCUGUCGUGCCUGAAGCCAACUGCUCCGAGACAAAAGCAAUUCCGUCCCCUGGUGGCGCCACCGUACCAUUGCACCACCGGUACGGCCCAUGCUCGCCGAUGCCCUCCAAGGAGAUUCCAACCUUGGAGGAGGUGCUCCGCAGCGACCAGCUCCGAGCUAGCUACAUCCAACGGAAGUUCACCGCCAGCCAGCAAACGGACGCCACCGUGCCGACCACCCUGGGCACCUCACUGGACACGUUGGAGUACGUCAUCACCGUUGGCAUCGGCUCGCCGGCCGUGACCCAGAACGUGUUCAUCGACACCGGCAGCGAUGUGUCAUGGGUGCAGUGCAAACCGUGCUCGCAGUGCCACUCCCAGGUGGACCCGCUCUUCGAUCCCAGCAAGUCGAGCACGUACUCCCCGUUCUCCUGUGGUUCCGCCGCAUGCGUGCAGCUCGGCAGGGAGGGGAACGGCAACGGCUGCUUGAGCUCCCGGUGCCAGUACAUUGUCAAGUACCUCGACGGCACGAGUACGACCGGAACGUAUAGCUCCGACACGCUCACGCUGGGCUCCAUCGUCGUCAAGAGCUUCCAAUUCGGGUGUAGCCACGCCACGUCGGGCAUGACUGAGAAAACCGCCGGGAUGAUGGGGCUCGGCGGCGGCGCACAGUCGCUCGUGUCGCAGACGGCGGGGGCCUUGGGCAAGGCCUUCUCUUACUGCCUCCCGCCGACUUCGGCCUCCUCAGGGUUCCUCACGCUCGGUGCGUCAAGCGGCCGCUCGGGCUUCGUGACGACGCGGAUUUUCAGGAACAGCAAGGUCCCGACGUUCUACCUCGUGCUCCUUGAGGCAAUCAGGGUGGGCGGGAAGCAGCUCAACGUGCCCCCUUCCUUCUUCUCGGCCGGAUCGGUGAUGGACUCCGGCACGAUCCUCACGUAUCUGCCACCGACAGCGUACUCGGCGCUGUCAUCGGCGUUCAAGGCUGGGAUGAAGCAGUACCCGAAGGCGCAGCCCCAAGGCAUCCUUGACACGUGCUUCGACUUCAGCGGCUUGAGCAGCGUCACCAUACCGGCCGUCUCGCUGGUGUUCGGUGGGGGCGCGGUCGUCAACCUCGAUGCCAAUGGGAUCAUGUUGGGCAACUGCCUCGCGUUCGCGGCCAACGACGACGACAGCUCCCUCGGCAUCAUUGGCAACGUGCAGCAGCGAACCUUCGAGGUGCUGUACGACGUUGGCCGGAACGCCGUGGGGUUCCGGGCGAGGGCGUGCUGAUCGGUGUUGUCACUACGGUUACGGUCAGGUAGCUAGAUAUAUAUGCUUCUCUCGCGUGGUUGCCUACUUGUUUGUGGUUGCGAGGUAAGGGCCGGGACAUGUGGUUGGGCAAACCGGCCAUCAACUAUAUAGUACUUCGAUUUUAAUUGUUUUCGUGAUUGCAGCAUGAUACAAGUGUGCAGACUACCAACCAAAUUGUAAUGUUCUCCUGGUAUUUUAUGAAUAAAAUAAAAUUUACUAGCUAAUAUAGCA